AUGUUACCCAAUGUGACUCUAGGUUUUAAGAUCUAUGACAACUAUUUCACUGAAGAAUAUACUUACGUUGCUGCAAUGGAGCUUCUCUCUACAGCAAACCGAUUUAUCCCAAACUAUAAAUGUGAUCUCCAGAAUGAGCUGGUAGCAGCUAUUACGGGAUCAAAUUCCAACCUAUUUCUUGACAUGGCAAACAUCCUGGCCUACCACAAGAUUGCACAGGUGCAGCCUCUUUCACUGUGCAGCGAUCGAUGCCGUUCAGGCUACAGAAAGACCAAAAUUGAUGGGAAACCAUUUUGUUGCUACGACUGCACUCAGUGUCCAGCAGGGAAGGUUUCAAACCAGACAGACAUAGAUGACUGUUUCCAGUGCCCAGAAGAUCAAUAUGCAAAUAAUGAUCAACAGUCAUGCCUCCUCAAGGAUUUCAGUUACCUCUCUUAUGAAGAAAAUCUGGGGACUGGUUUGGCCACUUCAGCCCUUCUGCUUUCUUUCACCACAGCCUCUGUGCUAGGAAUCUUCCUGAAGUACCACAACACACCCAUCGUCAAGGCCAACAACCGCAGCCUCUCCUACACCCUCCUUGUCUCCCUGCUCCUCUCCUUCCUUUGUUCCCUGCUUUUCAUUGGUCGACCCAUAAAGGUGACCUGUCUCCUUCGACAGACUGCCUUUGGGAUCAUCUUCUCAGUGGCGGUUUCUUGCAUGCUGGCCAAAACCAUCACGGUGGUCCUUGCUUUCAUGGCCACCAAGCCAGGAUCAAGGAUGAGGACAUGGGUUGGAAAAAAAGUGGCCUUUUCUAUUGUCUUCUUGUGUUCUUUUCUUCAGACCACUCUUUGUGCUGUCUGGCUGGGAAUCUCUCCCCCCUUCCCAGACAUCAACAUGCACUCCGUAAUUACUGAAAUCAUUGUGGAAUGCAAUGAGGGGUCAUUUGUCAUGUUUUAUAGUGUCUUGUCUUUUAUGGGCUUCCUGGCUAUUGUCAGUUUUCUUGCAGCUUUCCUGGCCAGGAAAUUACCAGACACCUUCCAGGAAAGCAAAUCCAUCACAUUCAGCAUGUUGGUCUUCUGCAGUGUCUGGCUGUCCUUUGUCCCUGCCUACAUGAGCACCCAGGGGAAAUACGUUGUGGCUGUGGAGAUCUUCUCCAUCUUAGCCUCCAGUGCUGGGCUUCUGGCUUGUGUCUUUUUCCCCAAGUGCUUCAUCAUCAUCAUGAGACCUGAUCUGAAUAAAAGGGAGCAUCUAAUAAAGAGAAUUGUUUAA